AUGUCAUCCUUUCGAACACAAACAAUGGACUUCCAAUUGGAUGUCUACUUUCAACAGUUUUGGAAAGAUCCUAGGCUGGCUCAUAACGAAACACGGCGUGUACUGAUCCGCGACAAGGAGGUGCUGUCAAGGAUGUGGCGUCCGGACGUAUACUUCGCGAACGCUCGAAUAGCGGAAUUCCACGAGGUCACGCAACCAAAUUUCCUGCUAUGGAUCGAGCCGGAUGGCUCGAUUCUUUUUGACACGCGCAUCUCCAUGGUGGUCGUUUGUACGCUAAACCUCGAAAAAUGGCCUCUGGACUCGCAACGGUGCCAUCUUCGGAUAUUAAGCUAUGCCUACACAACGGAUCAGCUACAAAUUGAGUGGAUUGAAGAAACUCCGAUUACGCGAAAUCCUAACAUCGCAAUGUCUGACAUGCAUAUUGUGGACUUGUAUCCAGGGCUUUGUGAUGGAAAUUAUUCUACAGGUGGGUCUGAUCCUGGACCCUAG